CAAUUCUUUAUAUUCACAUAUUUCGUUAUAUAUGUUAUGUGGUUGCACAAAGGCUAUCAAUCAUUCGAUCGUCCCAUCAGUGGUGUAGCAGUCAAAGUGAAAGGUAUCGCUUGGAAACAUGUAUUCCAAAGACAAAACCAUGUUGCAAAUGGAAUAAUUGUGCUGGACAGUGGAGAUUACUUACUACAACCUACACAGAAUUCUGGAUUUUAUUUAAUAACAACAAUAAGACACUUCGUAGUACAAAGUAUGUCAACGUGCAGUGAAGGUGAUCGAUUGCCUGAUGCACAAUGUCAAGAAGAUGAACACUGUCCAGCUGGUUACCAAGCGGGAUUCCAAGCAUUCGGUUAUGAUGGUAUCGUACCAGAUGAGAACUCCAUCGCAAUCGAUGAGAGUGGACAUGGAAUAUUCACAGGGAAAUGUUUGAAGGAUCAUGGGAAAUGUGAAAUAUUCGGUUGGUGUCCAACUGGUGAUGACUAUGAAUAUGAAUUGAGGAAAGAACGUAAUGCGAAGAUGAGAUUGAUUCGACCACCAAAUAUUAUAGAAGGAUAUUAUAAUUUUUUCACAGAUUUACGAUUUUUAGAAGUGAAAAAUCGAUACAAUGAUCUUACGCCACAUUCCGUUGAUCCUCUAUUCGAGAUUGUCAAUUUCACAAUGCUGAUUAAAAACAGUAUAGAGUUUCCUGCAUUCAAUACGAAACGACUGAAUAUUUUAUCCUGGAUGACAGAUAGUUAUCUACAAGAGUGUUUGUAUAAUCCUGAACACGAAGUCGAUCGAUACUGUCCCAUCUUCCGUCUCGGUGAUGUAUUCAAACUGGCUGGGACGAACACCAAUCGUCUGUUGAAAUAUGGUGGAGUGGUUGCCAUCACAAUCAGUUGGGAGUGUGAUUUGGACUGGUCUCCUGAAUACUGUUUACCGAAGUAUGAAUUUCUUGAAUUGGAGAGUGUUCACAAAGUUCGUAAACUUCGAGUGAAUAAUUCCACUUAUAGUCAUCAGGGUGGUCAUAUGAAGUGGUCACCAUCGCAGUCAGAGGAUACAUCAACGUCAACAACAGACAACAGAGAGGGAAUAUUCGAUUACACAUAUGCAGCACACAUUCCGAAGGAUGAAGAGGAUAUCGUAGAUGAUGUCGAGGAAAUAAUCUCUCUAAAUGAAGGUUCAGCUAUACGAUUAACAUCAUAUUUCGGUUAUGACACAGAGACUGUGAAGAAUCGAAGACGAAUUCUAGUUCAUGUGAAUGGCAUACAAUUCAUUAUCCGUGUCACUGGGAUAGCUGGGAAAUUUAAUCUACUUUCAUUCACAAUGAGACUUGGUUCCGGCUUUGGAUUAUUGGGUUUAUCUAAAAUAGUCACUGAUAUGAUCCUGUUUCAUUUUACUCGUGAUCGUAAACACUAUAAAGAGAUUACUUGUGAUAAUAAAACAUUGAAGCGUUUAUUAUCGACAACUACGCCAAUUGAUCUAUCAGGAUCACGUCGUAGACGAUUGAUCCAUGCAGAGUAUGAUUCACAAGUAACGAAUCGGAUUGACAUUAAGGUUUGUAAGGUGAGACGAUUAGACAAAUGAACGCGUAUAACAAAGUGAAUUGUAAUCAUUUAAAAUCUUUUCUAAUAAAUCAAUGGUAAUCAUGAAUGUUCAAGAAGAUGUCAAUUAGUCAAAACUAUCGAUACUUAGAAUUUCCCCCUUGCUAUCAUUCCACCCUCUACGAUUGUGAUUACAUAUACUCUUAUAAUAUGUAUCAUCGUUCCUCCUGUCAUUUAAAAUCCUAUUAUGACUGUGAGUAAUACAAGAAUUUCGUCUGAAACAUAAUCACUGAGUCAUUCUACUGGAUGCCUAACCUUAUUUCAAAUGCAUGUUUUUUGAGUAGCACUUACAAUGAUGAUACAUAUUCAUCCCCUUCAGUAAGUAAAUUCAGUAAAUCCUCAGCAUCGUCGGGUGAUAUACAACAGUGAUGUGAAAUAUAAAUUCGUAACUGUAUAUAUCUGGAAUUCCUUAUGUUAUCUGUAUAUUCUUACUUAUGAUUUCAAAAAAAAUUCCCUUCAGGCCUUCAUACCAUCAUCAUAAUUUGACAUCCUCCUAGCGGAUUAUAUCACAAUGUACGCCUGUGUGUUAAAUGUAACAGGAUCACUACCAGUAGAACAGAUGUUCAUCAACCAGCAAAAAAU